AUGAAUUCAAGAACACCAUAAAACAAUGUGUUUGCUAUACAAAAAAGCUUAAAAAAAAGUAAUAAUCAUUACCCGUAAGAUCAAAGAGAAUUUUUAGGUUAAUUUUUAGGGGAUCAUGACAUUCAAAAAGAAUUUAAAAAAGUUGAUUGUAUUAUAAACUUUUAAAUAUAUUUAGAUCACAAUCCUAAAGAUUUAAGUUGGAAUUAAUUUUGA